AUGUUCUCCGGGACCUACCCGUCCACCAGCCCGGCCUCGUUCUCGCGGGAGACGUCCUUCCUCCAGCAGGCGAUGGCUCGGGGGCAGACGUCGCUGAGCGGCGCGGCGGCGCCUGCGACGGCAGGCGAGGGAGCAGCUGUAGUGGAGGGACAAGGCGCGAGACUGGGCAAGCGGCGGAGUACCGGGCGGCUGUCGCGGAGUUCGGUGUCGAUGGAGGGGAGGCUGAGCCCGACAGAGGAGAGCGUGGAUGAGGAAGCGCUGGCAGACGAGUUUGGAGAGGCGGAGGAGACGGACAGAUUGCUGCCGGAUCAGCCCCAGCGGUUACAGCCUCCGACGCAUGCGACGCUUCCUUACCGACCUGUAACCGAGUCGACCCCGCUGCUCGGUCAUUCGGCUACGACUGAUGGCUUCACGACGCCGGCGGAGGAAGAGGCGAUUGAGCGCGCACGGAAACUUGACGAAAAGGCGAGGUUCGCGAUGUAUAGCGAGGCGAAGACGCUCUUCGGCUACUCGGUACCGAUCUUGGGCACGCACUUUCUCGAGUACUCGCUCCUUGCGACGGUCGUCUUGGCGACCGGCCACCUUGGCGAGACUGAACUUGCAGCAGCGAGUCUCGGCAACCUCACCAACAACGUCGCGAGCCUGUCCAUCAUCCAGGGAUUGUGCGCUGCGCUCGACACCCUCUGCCCACAAGCAUUCUCGUCCUCGCGACCGCAAGACACGUCGAUCUACGCCAUCCGGACAUGGCUCAUCUGCCUCGCCCUCGUCAUCCCGCAAGGCAUCUUCUUUUUCAACUCGGAGUGGAUCCUUCGCGACGGUCUCAGGCAGGACCCGGACGUCGCUUACUACGCCGCGCAAUACCUCAAGAUCCUCACCUUUGCCUCGCCCGCCUACUCCGGCUUCGAGUGCAUCCGUCGGUGGCUGCAAGCGCAAGGACUGAUGGUCGCGCCCGUCCUCGCCCUCAUCGCCGCGGCACCCAUCAACAUCCUCCUGAACUGGAUCCUCGUCGUCGGUCCCUUCGACUCGCUCCGACUCGGCUUCAUCGGGGCGCCCAUCGCGACGACCAUCUCGAUCAACGUCAUGUUCCUCGUCAUGCUCGUCUACAGCAUCCUUCGAGCACCGCGGGAAGCGUGGAGCGGCUUCACACGCGAGACGUUCACCGGUUUCGGCCUCAACAUCCGCUUAGGACUCGCCGGAAUCGGCAUGGUCGGCUCGGAGUGGUGGUCGUGGGAGAUUGUUGGGCUCGCAACGAGCUUCCUCGGUCCGACGGCACUGGCGGCGCAGAGCGUCCUUCUCACCUCGGCCAGUCUCUUCUACCAGUACCAGUACGCGUUGAGCGUCGCAGCAGCCGUCCGCAUCGGCAACCUCCUCGGCGCGCAAAAGCCCUCGCUCGCCCGCGUCGCCUCCCGCGUAACGAUCUUUAUCGCCAUCGUCGUCUCGGGACUAAACUCGAUCAUGCUCGUCCUCCUCCGAAACGUCUGGGGCCACCUCUUCAGCUCCGACAAGGAGAUCAUCGUUCUGGUCGCCAAUGUCCUGCCGAUCGUCGCGGCGUUCCAGCUGUGUGAUGGGUUGUCGGGCGCGAUGGGUGGUGUGCUGCGCGGGGCGGGAAAGCCCACGCUUGGUGCGAUCAUCAACACCUCGAGCUACUACGUCAUCGGACUCCCCAUCGGCAUCGCACUCUCCUUCACAGGCCCACACCUCGGUCUCAACGGUCUCUGGAUCGGCCUCACCGUCGCACUAACAUUCACAGGCCUGAGCUCGACGUAUAUUGUCUGGAAGAUGGAUUGGGAGGCCGAGGCUGAGGCGACGAGGGUUAGGUUGGGAGAGGUCAAGAGGGAUGAGGAGCAGUAG